ACAACAAUUUCACUGUCUAUGACAGCUUGUCAAAUAUGUGUCUUCUAUGAAAUUGACAAUUUCAGUUUAUUGUAUUAGCCAAUUUAUUAUAUUCAAUUUACGAAGUGAUUUAAAAUAGUAAACAAUUCAAUUGUACGGUAUAUGAUCUUACGUUCUCAAGAUGGCAUCCAGUGAAGUGACAAAGCUUCAGCAGCAUUUAGCGUUGCUUAAAGAGGAGUACAGUAAGCUACAGAGUCAUUGUGCUGAAGUUGAAAGGAAGUAUACGCUCGCGGCAGCAUCCGCCGGCGAUCUUAGUGAAACUAGUUUCGUAGCCCGGUUACUUAUGACCGUGUCCACUUUAUACGGCAGAGAGACGUAUUCUGAUAUAAGUAUUAAGCUACAGAGCAAGUCUGUUCCUGGACAUAAGUUUGUCUUGAAUGCACGAUCUGAUGAUUGGAAUGAAGCUGCACUUAAGAAUCUCACAGAAUUGGAUUGGUCCAAUCUUCCCGAUGAUGUGGGUUCAGCACUCCUAAAAUGGCUGUACACAGAUGUUGUGGACCUCACUAGAGGGGAUGCAUUUGCGUUGCACCUUAUGAAGUGUGCGGCUAACUUCAAGCUGUAUGGUCUAGUGGGCAAGUGUGAACAAGCCCUUAUCACUUCAGUGGGUGUGAGGACCUGCGUAAAGUUCUACUCGGCUGCAGAUGAGAUUGGUGCGACAGCUCUAAAGGAACAUUGUUCUGGACUUAUCUCUACACAUUGGGAUGAUCUUACAGGGGAUGAUUUCGCGCACAUGUCAUCCGCGUUGCUGUACCGCAUGUUAAAGAGCAAGACCCCGCAGCCGCUGCACGGCGCCGUGCGACUGCUGCGAGAGGAUGUGGUCUUCCUCUGCCUCGUAGAGAACCAUGCUAAUCUAACAGAUAUAGUAAACGCGAUGUCACCGCGAGGCGAGCUUCCUUUAGAGCUGGCUCUGAGAGGGCGAAGCGCCUCCAUAGCUACAACACUGCUGCAGCACUGCGCAGACCCCGAUGCCCGCGGUCCCAGAGGACGCACGCUACUGCACCGGGCAGUCGACUCCAGAGAUGCCUUCUCUGCAAAAUUCCUUGUCGACAAUGGUGCUGAUACCAGUCUCACAACAAAAGAGGAAGGUGACACAGUCUUGCACCUGAUAGCAGCGUUGACGUCCAGCUCGUGUGAGCCCGACACUAUGGAGCAGAUGGUAGAGAUCGCAGAAACGGUGGUCGCGAAAGGCGCAGAUAUCAACCGACAGAACAGAAAAGGAUACACACCCCUACACCAAUCUGUUAUAUCAAGAAAUCUAAAAAUAUUCGAUCUUCUACUGAAACAGCCUAAUUUGGACACGAAUUUAAGAACAUUAGCGGAUGAACAUCCACCUUUGUACUACGCUUUGGUCGAUGAUAGACGAGCCUCGAUAUCCUCCAGUGAAACUCUUGUAAUGAACGGUUCCAAUCCAUUCGAUACACCAGUGACGAAUAAAAACGCGUUCACAGAAGACCCAGUGGAAGGUAAAACAGAGAAUAUUAUAGAACGAGGUUUCGCUGCUAAGCUUUUAGAAAAAGGAUGUCAACCGAAUCCAUUGUACUCCGGUUCUGGGGAUAGUCUACUUCAUAUUUUGAUACAAGGAUGGUUUGAGGAUUCAGCAGUGUUUCUCGUAUCUCAUUUGAAUGGUGAUUUAAACCACGGCAAUGAGGCUGGUGUGACCGCACUGCACGCGGCAUGCGCUAGCGGCCUCACGCGCCUCACUGCAGCACUGCUGGAGCACGGCGCACGGCACAAUCUGCAGACAGCGUAUGGAGAACAGGAGGAUACUGUUUAUAGACAAACUCCUCUGCACCUGGCGGUGCUGAACAACCACGAGGGUGCGGUGCUGGCUAUCUUAGAGCACAAGAAGUUGAUAGAGAAGGGGGAGAUGGCGGCCGCGGACCGCAGCAACGUCAGUCUGCUGCCCAACUUGAAUAUGAAGAACUCGGAGGGCGACACUCCUGUUAGUCUAGCGCUUACUGAAGGACACAAAAAUCUAGUAAAACCCCUAAUCGAAGGCGGAGCUGAUCCUAAUGUACGUAACGGUAAAGGCUUCACUGCCUUACAUCAAGCUAUUGUCGAAGAAGAUUCUAGAAUCGCCAUAUAUCUACUAGAUCAGGGAGCUGAUAUGGACGCUUUGACUGAGGCUGGCGAGACGCCGCUGCAGCUGGCCAUCCACUGCCGGCUGGGGCUGGUGGUGGAGGCGCUGUGCGUGCGCGGCGUCGACAUGAGCCGCCUCGACGCGCACGGCGUGCCCCCGCUCUGGGCCGCGCUCGACUCCGGCCAGGAGGAGGUCGCCAGUAUACUCGUGAGAAACGGCGCGGAUGCAGACUGCUGGGGUCCCGGGCCGGAUGGGUGCUUGCAAACUCUGUUACACAAGGCAAUAGAUGAGAACAAGGAGUCAUUAGCGACGUUCCUGAUCCGUUCCGGUUGUGACGUGGAGUGCGCGCGGCGCGCGGCGGCGGGCGGCGAGGGCGCCGAGCUGGCGGCGGAGCGCCACACGCCGCUGCACCUCUGCUGCACCUGGGGACUCUCUGACGUCAUACAGACUCUACUCGAGCACGGAGCGAACAUUAACAGCAAAGACGCGGAGGGGAAGACUCCGCUACAUAUAGCUAUAGAGAAUCAGCACGCGGGCAUCAUCUCGCUACUGCUAUCCCAGCCCGGAAUCGACCUGUCCGCGAGGGACAACAAGGGCGUGUCGCCCUUCGCGGCCGCUCUCACUGCUAGGAACAACAAGGCCGCGCAGGCUAUACUGGAGAAAAACCCUUCAGCUGCUGAACAGGUGGACAAGAAGGGUCGCAACUUCCUGCACGUGGCGAUCCAGGCGUGCGAUGUGGAGAGCGUGAUGUUCCUGCUGUCGGUGGAGGUGGACGUGAACUCGGACAUCGAUGCUGCGGCUACCAAUCUUAAAGGUCGUAAUCCACUGCACGAGCUGUGUUGGUGCAAGAAGGACAACGCGGCGACAAUUUGCGAGAUAUUCCUAGAAUUUAUGCCCGACUAUCCUAUCAACAAAACUGAUUUGCAGGGUAAUACGCCCUUAUUGCUCGCGUAUAUGAACGGUCAAGCGGCGAUGUGCAGAGUGUUAGUACGAGCCGGGGCUUGUCUCGCACAAGAGAACAAAGAUGGACUCUCUAUUUUCAAUUAUCAGGUAGCAACGAAGCAAUUGUUACAUAGGUUGUUAGACGCGCUGCCGUCGGAGGCGCCCUGGGCCGAGAGCGACCUCUGUCAGGAAUGCGGAACUAAGUUCACUCUCACUAUGAGAAAACAUCAUUGUCGACAUUGCGGUCGUAUGCUGUGCAAUAAAUGUUCCAACCAAGACGUGCCCAUAUUGAAAUUCGGUUUGAACAAGAGUCAGCGAGUCUGUGAAAUAUGUUUCAAUGUGCUGCAAGUGGGAGCCAGUUAGUGCAGCCAUAUCUUGCGCGGUACACACUAGGCCAGUACAGUUAGACAGUCGCGCAGGCUUGGCAUCGAUUGUAUAGAUUCACUGGCGUCAAUUAGUGUUUACAAUAUGCCAGUCCAUUUCAGUACUCCAGCGCUACUGUCCAACUGUAUUGGCCAAGUGUGAACCAGGCAUAACUGUAGAACACUGCACUAUUGUAUAUUGCUAUCUGUUUCACUCCCUCAGAUAAGAUAGAGAAAGCAAUAUAAGUAUAUCUGCAGUUGAAUUCUACGGUUAGUGUUAUGCGAUUUUGUACCAGGAUCAUUUAGUUGUGACACACAUCGAUGAAAAAAAUAUUCGUGAAGGAAAACUGUUUCAAAGGAAGAAUUAUCUAUUUAUGAUUGUAAAGUAAGAUGGUCAUUGAAUUUUAUACUUUCUGUGAAAUUUUAUUUUGGGAAAGUAAUAAUAUAGACUAAUGUGAAUAUGCUUUUUUAGCACUGGUUUGAAAUGUAAGCAUCUUCGAAUAAAAGUAAAAAAAAAAUAAAAAAAGGCUCUUUAUUGAUCCAAAAUAGUUUUGUACAGUUAGUGGGACGUUGUCUCCUGAGCUAGUAAUAUCUGUGCUUCAGGAGGCAGCGGCUUCUUUUAACGAUUGUCUUGCUCAAAGUGACUUUGUUCUUUGUUUUUAAUGCUUUUUUAUUAGGAGGAAUGUAUGCUGUCUUGCCUUAUUUAAUCGUAAAUACGAACUAUUCCACAAUAAUUGGUGUGUGUGACAACAAAAGGCUUUUUUAUAUUGUUUAAAAUAUUUUAGAUUGUAAUAAUUGACUUUUCUGUCAUAAUGUAAUGUAUCUCUGACUUCUUAUAAGUGAUGUUUUAUUAUAGUCUUGUUUAAUAUUGCUUAUCACAAAUGGCAAAAUUCUGAAAAGAAUCUUGUACUUUAAAAUUUUUAGACAUAAAAAUUCUAAUUGAAUUUAAAGUUUAAAGGUGGUCUUAUCGAUUAAUUGGGUUAUGCCCGCUAAGUUCUUGAAAACCUAUAUUUAUGGAUAUUGUUUAAAAUGCCAAAGUAAACAAUGUGCUUUUUGUUUUACUAAAAGUAGGUUUAAGUGUUUACAAUGUUCUAUGGAGAAAUUAUUAUUGUUUGAAGCAAGGCUUUUAGAAUUUUAAAAGUAUUUAUUAGUCAUAAUGUUGAUUUUUUUCUUCCCAUUACCCCAGUGUUGCUAGGAUUAAAGAUUACCCAAUUUUAGUAAUGGUUAAGUUAAAAAAAUGUAUGAAGUAUAUUAUUAUAAAACAAUGUAAUUUCUGUUUAUUCUUUGCAUUUUAUUAAAAUUAGAAAUGUAUUUCAAUUGAUGGAAUUUUAACUUGUGGUCUUAAAAAAUGUGAUUCAACAUUCCGACUGUUUUGUAUUAUUUUUAACGAAAUUUUGUAUUUGCUGCAAUAAAAGAUACUUGUGUACUUGUC